AUGGCAACGGCAACCUGCACUUCUAAGCGGCUCCUACUCUCAGUUUCCCUAACCCUAACUUUGCUCCACCUCGGCGCCUCCAAUUCCGAAGGAGACUCGCUCUACACGCUUAAACGGAGCCUCUCAGACCCGGACAACGUCCUCCAGAGCUGGGAUCCCACGCUUGUGAGUCCUUGUACUUGGUUCCACGUCACCUGCAACCAGGACAACCGAGUCACUCGAGUGUAUUUUCUCUCUCCUCUCUCUCUUUUGUUUGUUUCUGUGAUGUUGGAUCUUGGUAACUCUAACCUAUCUGGACAUUUGGUACCUGAACUUGGGAGGCUCGAGCAUCUACAUGAACUGUACAAGAACAACAUUCAAGGAACUAUUCCUCCUGAACUUGGUAACCUGAAGAGUCUAGUUAGCUUGGACUUGUACAACAACAACAUAUCAGGCACCAUUCCAUCUUCAUUGGGGAAAUUGAAGAAUCUUGUUUUUUUACGAUUAAAUGACAAUCGACUAACUGGUCCUAUCCCCAAGGAACUUGCUGCUGUUUCGAGCCUUAAAGUAGUGGAUGUCUCCAACAAUGAUUUAUGCGGUACAAUUCCUACCUCUGGGCCAUUCGAGCAUAUUCCAUUGAAUAACUUUGAGAAUAACCCUCGUUUGGAAGGUCCAGAGUUGUUGGGACUUCUAGGUGGUUGGAUCCCCAUCAGCAAGAAGACAUGGUUGUGUAUCUUUUUCAAACUCACCUUUAGUGCGCUCAUUGUUGGAAUACGUCGUUUGAGAAUUGGGAUCAUUUGGCGUGCUGAAAUCAUUCUCUUCGAUAAAGAUAUCCUGGCAAGCGAUGAUACGUUUAGACUUCUCGCACUUUGCAAAGCAAAGAAAAGGCUUAUGAAAGCUAUCAAUGGAGCCAAAGCCGUUUCCGCAGCACAAUUCGAUGCAAACCAUAAUUAA